AUGGUGUGCCCGCUGUCUGCACGCAGCGCCUCUAUGCCCGCUUUCCGCCGCCUGUGCUCAGUCCACUGCCUGGCACACAGUCAGCGCUUCAUAGAAGCUUUGCCUGAUGGGCCGGAGGGACGUCUGGAGAGGGAAUGGAGAGAGUUGGCACCCGGCUUCCUGGGCCCAGCUCACGCUCUGUCUGGUUCCCCUCCCCCACGCCAGCCUGGACCAUCGUCUUUGGAGAAGUCCUGUUGGGUCGGGCCGGGCCGGGCCGUGUGUCCAGACCACGACGAGCGACGUGGAGGCCGGCUCGCGUGUGUAACCACGUUCCCGUUUUCCUUGGGUUUCAGGCGGGCCCACACCUUAACGGUCUUGUUCAUCCUCACCUGCGCCCUCGGCUACGUGACCCUCCUGGAAGAGACGCCUCAGGACACUGCGUACAACACCAAAAGAGGAGUUGUGGCCAGCAUCUUGGUGUUCUUGUGCUUCGGAGUCACCCAAGCGAAAGACGGCCCGUUCUCCAGACCUCACCCAGCUUACUGGAGGUUCUGGCUGUGUGUCAGCGUCGUCUACGAGCUCUUCCUCAUCUUCAUCCUGUUCCAGGCUGUGGAGUGCCUGGCAGCGAAGGCGUCGGCACGAUGGCGGCGUCAGGACGCUCCGGAGACCCCCGUCUUGGCCCCACGGCUCACGGGACAGACUGCCAAGGAGGGGGGCCCGAGAAGGGGCGGAAAAAAAUGCGGACAAGAAGGCCGCGCCGCCAGAGUCCGAGCGGUGCCACAGCCAAGCGUGCUGAGGCCGACUCCGAGACUGCGGGACAGCCGGGGGGGGGUCGGGGGGGGUCGUCCCUCCCUCCCGCAGGGCCGUGUCUGUCCGUCACUGCUUUGCAGAAACAGAGGAAAUAGUGAGAGCGGCGGGCAGGGAAGCGUGUUUGGGGGGAGGCUGGAGGCCGGGCGCCGAAGCGUCACCUGCCAGUUUGGUGCAGGAGGGCCGAAGGAAUGACCGUCGGUGGGCGCCGGUUCGCCAGGCUCAGCUCCGUCGUCUGGGAGGCGCCUCUGGAGGCCGAGGCGGGACGAGGUCGGGCCCUGCCCGGGGCCUCCAAGCUUGCUAACAAGUGUCUGAGGCUGGAUUUGAACACGGCCCUUCCUGCCUCAGUGGGAGAGACUGAGGACAGUAGCUC